UCAACUCUCAUUCCCUGGUUUUUAAUACCUGCACGAGCCUCCGCUCCUUCAUUCCAUGACAAAAUAAUUGUUGAGACAAGGCGUAACAACCGCACAACAUAAAAGGACGAUCUUUCCAUUCACUUUUUGCAGAGGAAAUCUAAUUUUUUCCCAGCUUGGUGACUUUGGAGAGGCUUGGAUACCACUGCUUUUGCACUGACAUUUUGUGAGUCACAGCGGGAGUUUCGUGUGUGUGUGGAAGUCGCAUUUACCGCAGUACCUGUUCCAUUCCGACAGCCGAGGUUCUGUCCUACCCAGCACCGUCGCCAGUGUGAAGCCUGCCUAAACUCAGCCCUGAGAGGUCCGGCUCCCAGACCAGCACCCUGAACAUGAGACAGCUGUGUAUCUGUGUGUCUGUCCUGCUAGCCUUGGCCACCAUGGCUGUGGCAAGGCCUAAAGCAGGACCGGAGCAGAAGUGCAAGUCCGGCCCAGUGGACCUCAUGUUCAUUAUUGACAGCUCUCGAAGUGUGCGGCCCCACGAGUUUGAGACCAUGCGCAAGUUCAUGAUUGACAUCAUCCACACGCUGGACAUGGAGGCGAAUGCCACCCGAGUGGGCGUGGUGCAGUACUCCAGCCAGGUCCAGAACGAAUUCUCUCUCAAGACCCACGGCAAGCUGCAGGGCAUGGUGAAAGGCAUCAAUGAGAUCCUCCCCCUGGCGCAGGGCACCAUGACGGGCCUGGCCAUCAAGUACGUCAUGAACCAUGCCUUCACGGCAGCCGAGGGCGACCGACCCAAGGUGCCCAAUGUGGCCGUCAUCGUAACGGACGGGCGGCCCCAGGACCGCGUGGCGGAGGUAGCAGCCGAGGCUCGUGACAAGGGAAUAGAGAUCUAUGCGGUGGGCGUCGCCCGGGCGGAUAUGACCUCGCUGCGUGCUAUGGCGUCGCCGCCCAUCGAGGACCAUGUCUUCCUGGUGGAGUCUUUUGACCUGAUCUACCAGUUUGGCCUGCAGUUCCAGGACAAGCUCUGCAAUGGGUUGGGGAUGGAUCUGUGCCUGGAGUCUGACCAUGGCUGUGAGCACCUCUGUGAGAGCUCCCCUGGAUCUUUCCACUGCCUGUGUCUGCCAGGGUACACUCUCAACGAGGAUGGCAAGACCUGUAAAGUGAUUGGCUACUGUUCGUUUGGGAAUCACAGCUGUCAGCAUGAGUGUGUGAGUGUCCUCAAUGGCUAUUUCUGCCACUGUAAUGAGGGAUACACACUCCAGGAGGAUGGAAAGACCUGCCAGAACUUGUGUAACACAGUGGAGCAUGGCUGUGAGCACCAGUGUAUCAGUACACCAGGCUCCUACUACUGCAUCUGCCCUGAGGGACAGCUACUGGCGGAGGAUGGCAAGGCCUGCAGAACCUGCAGAUCGGCCAACAUUGACCUGGUCCUCCUCAUCGAUGGCUCCAAGAGCGUGCGUCCCCAGAACUUUGAGCUGGUCAAGCAGUUUGUCAACCAGGUGGUGGACUCCCUGGAUGUGUCCGCCCAUGGGACUCGAGUGGGCGUAGUGCAGUACUCCAGCCACGUGCGCACAGAGUUCGCCCUCAAAAUGUACGAGAAGGCAGAUGACAUCAAGAAGGCGGUGAUGAACGUGGAGUACAUGGAGAAGGGCACCAUGACGGGCCUGGCCCUCAAGCACAUGGUGGAGAACAGCUUCUCGGAGGCCGAGGGUGCCCGCAAGAACAUCCCUCGCGUGGGCCUGGUCUUCACUGACGGCCGCUCUCAGGACGACAUCACUGAGUGGGCCAAGAAGGCCAAAGAAGCAGGUAUCACCAUGUAUGCUGUUGGUGUUGGGAAGGCCGUGGAGGAUGAGCUGCGUGAGAUUGCCUCAGAGCCACUAGACAAGCACUUCUUCUAUACCACUGACUUCACUUUCAUCAACCAGAUAGCCGAGAACCUCAAGCUCAAUGUCUGUGCAGAGGAGAGCCAGGGAGAGAUUGAGGUGAAAGACCCAUGUGCCUGUGAGAGUCUGGUUGAGUUCCAGCAAGCAACAAUGUCCACUCUGGAGCAGCUGAAAACAAAACUGGCGGGUAUGACUGCACGAUUGGAGGACAUUGAGAACCAGCUGCUGUCACGAAAAUGAGGGAUGUCAUUCAAGUAACCCAACAAGAAAAAGGAGAUGCGUUGAGCAUAGAAUAAUUUUUCUGUCAAGAAUGUAACAGUAAAAACACAAGUCCUAUCAAUGUCGAAUUUCCAUGAUGUAAAUGACCCAAAACAAUAUUUUAUGUAGAAAAUAUCAUUUCAGCGCAUGCAUGUGGACAUGCAAUGGACUUAAGUCAUGUCAAGCACAUCCAUACUUAAUGUAGACAUAAGCACAAGCAACUAGAAAGUACAGCCAUUUUUUAUAACUUAAAGCUCCAAUAUGUAACUUUUUG